AUGUCAAUGAAAUCACAUGAAAUGCUAAAGUCUUUACGUCCGUCUCUAAAACAUCAUGCGAGUCAAAAUCGAGAUUCAGAUAUCCAGCGGCAUGUAACUUUCGCUACUCCCAAUUUACCUUCUGAGGACAAGAAAUGCAAAGAACAAGCAAUAUCCCAUCAGAAGAAUGCUUUCAAGCGUGAAAGGCCAAAGCAAGAAAAUGAUGCACAGAGAAAACUUGCUCCAUUAGUGCAAACUGAAGAAGUAUGUUCCAAGAAAAGCAAACGUAACGACCAGAUUCUGCGCUUGUGUCAGGCCCAAAAAGUAUUGGUUAAAUCGGACUUUGUUAUCAAACGUCUGGAAAAAGAAACGGCAGACCAAGAGAAAGCUUCGGCCUUACUCUUACAGGAUGCAGUAUCGCUCAUUGAGGCAGAUGUAUCACGUAGUUGCGAAGAACACAAAAUUGAACAACUAUUGAGCGAUGGUGAACGUCAACAGCGCAGAGCAUCACAAAAACUACAUGAGGAGCUGAUGGAGUUUGACAACAUAGUGGAGAGCUUGAAGAAGACUUUGAUAGCGAUGAAGAAUUCUAAUGAUAUACUUGACAAACAGAUGGCAUCCCCUGAAGGUGAAGAAGAAGACUCAUCGUUUGCAAGUCAAGUAAAAUCACUGAGCAUGGACUUGAAAAUGUAUUUAGAAGUUCUUGAUUCUUUGAAACAGCUGCAUUUUUAA